AUGCUGAGAGACAAUCUAUGCCGACAUACGAUACGUUAUGAUCAUUGCGACUGGUCUCAUGUGGAUCACGUGACUGUUUGGCCUUGCAGCUGGGUUUAUUUUCGAAUUCGGAGCGACUACCCAGGGCUCGUGCAGUAUCGAGUUACUUACUGGUAUUGCUGCUCUCCUAUAUGCUUCGCCAUCUGCCUUGCCAACCUAAGGCACAUUAAGACACCCCAAAGAUGA